AUGGAGCGCGCCGCCCCGUCGCGCCGGGUCCCGCUGCCGCUGCUGCUGCUCGGCGGCCUCUCGCUGCUGGCGGCCCGAGCGGGCGCAGACGUCCCCAUGGAGGCUUGCUGUGCAGACGGACACCGCAUGGCCACUGAACGCAGGGACUGCUCGCUGCCCUACGCCUCGGAAUCCAAGGAAUGCAGGAUGGUUCAGGAGCAAUGUUGCCACAACCAGCUGGAGGAACUGCACUGCGCCACGGGCAUCAACCUGGCCAACGAGCAGGACGGCUGCACCCCGCCGCGCGGCAGCAACGCCAGCCUCGAGGCCAUGUUCGUGAAGAGGUGCUGCCAGUGCUGCCUGCUGGGGCGGGCGGCCCAGGCCCAGGGCCAGAGCUGUGAGCACAGCCUCAUGGUCGGCUACCAGUGUGGGCUGGUCUUCCGGGCCUGCUGCGUCAAGGGCCAGGAGACGGCAGACUUCGCCCCGGGGGACGGUGGGGACCUCCAAGAAACAGCUAAGGUUUCUGAGAUCGAUGAGGAACAAGAGGACCCCUACCUGAAUGACCGCUGCCGAGGCGGCGGGCCCUGCAAACAGCAAUGCCGGGACACGGGGGAGGAAGUUGUCUGCUCCUGCUUUGUGGGGUACCAGCUGCUCCCAGACGGCGUCUCCUGUGAAGAUGUCAAUGAGUGCAUCAAGGGCAGCCAAAACUGCCGGCUCGGAGAAACCUGCAUCAAUACAGUGGGCUCUUUCCGCUGCCAGCGUGACAGCAGCUGCGGAACUGGCUAUGAGCUCACAGAGGACAACGACUGCAAAGAUAUUGACGAGUGUGAGAGUGGUAUUCAUAACUGCCUCCCCGAUUUUAUCUGUCAGAAUACUCUGGGAUCCUUCCGCUGCAGACCCAAGCUACAGUGCAAGAGUGGCUUUAUACAAGAUGCUCUAGGCAACUGUAUUGAUAUCAAUGAGUGUUUGAGUAUCAGUGCCCCAUGCCCCAUUGGGCAGACGUGCAUCAACACGGAGGGCUCCUACACGUGCCAGAAGAACGUGCCGAACUGUGGCCGUGGCUACCAUCUCAACGAGGAGGGAACCCGCUGCGUUGAUGUGGACGAGUGCUCUCCCCCAUCUGAGCCCUGUGGGCCGGGGCACCUGUGUGUGAACUCCCCUGGAAGUUUCCGUUGUGAGUGCAAGGCCGGGUACUACUUCGACGGCAUCAGCAGGACGUGUGUGGACAUCAACGAGUGUCGGCGGUACCCGGGCCGCUUGUGCGGCCACAAGUGCGAGAACACGCCCGGCUCCUACUACUGCAGCUGCACCAUGGGCUUCCGGCUCUCCUCCGACGGCCGCUCCUGUGAAGACGUGAACGAGUGUAACAGCAGCCCCUGCAGCCAGGAGUGCGCCAACGUCUACGGCUCCUACCAGUGUUACUGCCGGCGAGGCUACCAGCUCAGCGACGUGGACGGGGUCACCUGCGAAGACAUCGAUGAGUGCGCCCUGCCCACGGGGGGCCACAUCUGCUCCUACCGCUGCAUCAACGUCCCCGGGAGCUUCCAGUGCAGCUGCCCCUCGACCGGCUACCGGCUGGCCCCCAACGGCCGCAACUGCCAAGACAUUGAUGAGUGUGUGACCGGCAUCCACAACUGCUCCAUCAACGAGACCUGCUUCAACAUCCAGGGUGGCUUCCGCUGCCUGGCCUUUGAGUGUCCCGAGAACUACCGCCGCUCCACAGACACGCUCCGCCAGGAGAAGACAGACACCGUCCGCUGCAUCAAGUCCUGCCGCCCCAACGACGUCGCCUGCGUGCUGGACCCGGUGCACACCGUCUCCCACACCGUCGUCUCGCUGCCCACCUUCCGCGAGUUCACCCGCCCCGAAGAGAUCAUCUUCCUCCGGGCCAUCACGCCUGCCUAUCCUGCCAACCACGCGGACAUCAUCUUCGACAUAACAGACGGGAACCUCCGUGACUCUUUCGACAUCAUCAAGCGCUACAUGGACGGCAUGACUGUGGGUGUCGUGCGCCAGGUGCGGCCCAUCGUGGGCCCGUUCCAUGCCGUCCUGAAGCUGGAGAUGAACUAUGUGGUUGGGGGUGUGGUGUCCCACCGGAAUGUCGUCAACGUCCACAUCUUCGUCUCUGAGUAUUGGUUCUGA